AUGACGUCAUCUUUGUAUCUUACAAUAGCCAACAUAAAGAAGGAUUUAACCAGUACUUCCAUUGAGCUCAGCUGGAAAACAACCAGUAAGAACUGUCAACAGGUCCUUCCCCUCCUUCAUGAGCUUUCUUAUGACUGCAGUUGUGAUGGUCAGACAGGUAAAGCCACAAGUCCUGAUGGAAGAACGUGUGUUAUUACUGGAUUAAAUCCAUUUACUGGUUAUACCUGUCGAGUCCGAGCCAAAUACAACGAGAUUCAAGUUUCCACUGGGGGUGACGUUAAACUGCAAACUAAGGUUGGAACACCUGCUGCAGUCACUGAGCUGAAAUUACACGUUCACGAACAUAAUACGAUCAAAGUGAGCUGGCACAGACCCUCUACAUUCAACGGACCUGAGGGAAAAUAUAUAAUACGUCUAAAUACAGCUGAUGAUAAGGAAGUGACAAAGAAGGAGAAGCAGAGUUGUACACGAUGUGAAGUCGAAUUCAAAGAUCUGAGCUACUCUACGAGCUACAAAGUGAAGGUGACGGCUCACAACGGACACUAUGAGAGCAUCCCUCAAAUAAGUGAAAUCAGCACUUUGUACAACAACAAAGCUGUUAUUGGGUUUCGUGUCUUCCUCUUCAUCGUCAUUGUUCUGGCUUUUCUUUUUAUCACCUACAAGUUCUACAUUCAGAAGUUCAGAACGUCCACAAAUGACGUGAAUGACGACAUGGAACUUGAAGCAAUUUAUGAGAACCGACAACCUCCUGGAUGGCGUCAUAAAGAAGCUCACUGAUCAAAAAAGACAUUAUGGAGCAGCACAGUC